ACUACUUUUCCAGCAGCGGGGGCACGUAUAAUGCUUUUCUGCGGUGGUCCAGCUAGUGAAGGCCCUGGUAUGGUUGUAGGUAACGAAUUGAAAGAACCUAUUCGAUCCCACCACGAUAUUGAGAAGGAUAAUGUCAAAUACUAUAAAAAAGCUACUAAGUUUUAUGAUGCACUUGCUAAACGUAGCUCGGCAAAUGGCCAUAUUGUUGAUAUUUUUGCCGGGUGCCUUGAUCAAGUUGGGUUACUUGAAAUGAAAUCUAUGGUGAAUUCAACUGGCGGAUUUAUGAUUCUUUCCGAUUCUUUUACUACAUCUAUUUUCAAACAAAGUUUUCAAAGAGUUUUUAAUAAGGAUGCUCAAGGUAAUUUACAAAUGGGAUUCAACGCAACACUGGAUGUACAGACUACCAGAGAGAUGAGAGUUUGUGGCUUAAUUGGUCAUGCCAUCUCUUCAAAUAAAAAAAGCGCAUCGGUGGGUGAAACAGAAAUUGGUAUAGCGAAUACAUCUGCAUGGAAGAUGUGUGGGAUCACACCAAAGGCGACUGUUGCAGUAUAUUUUGAGGUUGUCAGCCAGCAUAGUCAACCACUCCAACACAAUAAUCGCGGUUUGAUUCAAUUUUUGACACAUUAUCAACACUCUAGUGGGCAGUUCCGUUUACGUGUUACCACCAUUGCCAGAAACUUUGCAGACGGAAGCAGCCCACAAAUUGCUCAAUCUUUCGAUCAAGAGGCUGCUGCUGUACUCAUGGCACGUAUAGCGGUUUUCAAAGCCGAGAUUGAUGAUGGGCCAGACGUUUUGAGAUGGCUGGAUCGUAUGCUAAUUCGAUUAUGUCAAAAAUUUGCUGAAUACCGAAAAGAAGACUCUUUAUCAUUUCGGCUUGCUGAAAACUUUUCUAUAUACCCUCAAUUUAUGUUCCAUCUUCGAAGAAGUCAAUUUUUACAGGUUUUCAAUAAUAGUCCAGACGAAACAGCAUUUUACCGACAUGUAUUAAACCGGGAAGAUGUUAACAACUCUCUUAUAAUGAUUCAACCCACUCUAAUGUCAUACGGAUUUGAUGCACCUCCACAACCAGUACUUUUGGAUUCAGUUUCUAUAAAACCAGACGUAAUAUUGUUACUUGAUACAUUCUUCCAUAUUCUUAUUUUUCAUGGAGAAACAAUUGCACAAUGGAGAAAAGCUGGGUAUCAAGAACAAGAUGGUUACGAAAAUUUUAAAGAGUUGCUGGAUGCGCCAAAAACCGAUUCAGAGGAACUUUUGGCAGACCGUUUCCCAGUCCCUAGAUAUAUUGUAUGUGACCAACAUGGUUCUCAAGCACGCUUUCUUCUUUCCAAACUUAAUCCUUCAACUACUCACGUUUCUGGAAAUAUGUAUGGAGCACCACAAGGUCAAGCUAUUUUUACGGAUGAUGUCAGUCUACAAGUAUUUAUGGAGCAUUUAAAGAA